UUCCCAGAAUUCCCAGCGGCCGCGGGGAAAGUUUACGGGACGUAGGCGGCGGCGGCGGCCCGGUAGCGGUUACCAGGCGGCCCGCGGCGGAUCAUGGCCCUGGCCCGGCGUCCCUGGCCUCUCCUCACGGCGUCCCCGGGCAGCUUCGCGGAGCGGGCAGACUUCCGGGAAGGAACUGACAUGCGACUGAGCGGCGGCCGGCGCGCUUAGCGCCCUGAACAUGCGGCAGUCCCUGUGGGCGACCCCGGGCUCCGGACAGGCGGCGGCGGCUUGGGAGGGAAGGAGACGGCGGCGCCGGCGGAGGUGGCGGCGGCGACAGUCGGCGCCCGGCGCGGAGCCCUAGGGAGGGUGCUUAGCGUGGCCUCGGGCCUCGUCAAGAAGGAUGCUGUCCCGAAAGAAAACCAAAAACGAAGUGUCCAAGCCGGCCGAGGUGCAGGGGAAGUACGUGAAGAAGGAGACGUCGCCUCUGCUGCGGAAUCUCAUGCCUUCAUUUAUCCGGCACGGUCCAACAAUUCCAAGACGAACUGAUAUCUGUCUUCCAGAUUCAAGCUCUAAUGCUUUUUCAGCUUCUGGAGAUGGAGUAGUUUCAAGGAACCAGAGUUUCCUUAGAACUCCAGUUCAAAGAACACCUCAUGAAAUAAUGAGAAGAGAAAGCAACAGAUUAUCUGCACCUUCUUAUCUUGCCAGAAGUCUAGGAGAUGUCCCUCGAGAGUAUGGCUCUUCUCAGUCAUUUUUAACAGAAGUUAAUUUUGCUAUUGAAAAUGGAGACUCUGGUUCCCGAUAUUAUUAUUCAGACAAUUUUUUUGAUGGUCAAAGAAGGCGGCCACUUGGAGAUCGUGCACAUGAAGACUACAGAUAUUAUGAAUACAAUCAUGAUCUCUUCCAAAGAAUGCCACAGAAUCAGGGGAGGCAUACUUCAGGUAUUGGGAGAGUUGCUGCUACAUCUUUAGGAAAUUUAACUAACCAUGGUUCUGAAGAUUUACCCCUUCCUCCUGGCUGGUCUGUGGACUGGACAAUGAGAGGGAGAAAAUAUUAUAUAGAUCAUAACACAAAUACAACUCAUUGGAGCCAUCCUCUUGAGCGAGAAGGACUUCCUCCUGGAUGGGAGAGAGUUGAGUCAUCAGAAUUUGGAACCUAUUAUGUAGAUCACACAAAUAAGAAGGCUCAGUACAGGCAUCCCUGUGCUCCUAGUGUACCUCGGUAUGAUCAACCACCUCCUGUCACAUACCAGCCACAGCAAACUGAAAGAAAUCAGUCCCUUCUAGUACCUGCAAAUCCAUAUCAUACUGCAGAAAUUCCUGACUGGCUUCAGGUUUAUGCUCGAGCCCCUGUGAAAUAUGACCACAUUCUGAAGUGGGAACUCUUCCAGCUGGCUGACCUGGAUACAUACCAGGGAAUGCUAAAGUUGCUCUUCAUGAAAGAACUAGAACAGAUUGUUAAAAUGUAUGAAGCAUAUAGACAAGCUCUUCUCUCAGAGUUGGAAAACCGUAAGCAGAGACAGCAGUGGUAUGCCCAACAACAUGGCAAGAAUUUUUAAGUUAAUUUUUUAAAAAUUUAAGUUUUAUAAAAACUUUAAAAUACUUUCACAAAUAAAACAUUGCAAACAAGUACUUUGGUUAAUAAAGGCAGCUUACUUUUUGGAAAUCAUAAAAUUCUAAUUUUACAUGUAUUUUGUUAUUGCAAAUUUUCUUUUAUUGAACAAAAAAAUGAGUUUAUCAUUUUAAGAGCCAACAUGGCAAACAUUUUCAAAUGCUGUGUAUUAGGAAACUGCUUUGAAUAUUCCUGAUGGAGAAAAUGCAGCAAGAAAUGUGAUUAAGAGGAGAUGUUAAACAGGAAAUGAUCACUUGUUAACUUAAAGCAGCAGUACCUUUCUUU